UCGCAGCAACAGAUCAAACAGCAGUAUGUGAUGACGUACUACACAGUCAACAACAAACAUGGCGGCGCCCUGUGCAUUAUUUGCUUCAUGUACUGACGCCUUCGAUCCAGACGAGUUUAUCAAACUGAUUUUAGACACAGAGAAUCUCCCAGCUGCUCAGCAUGUGACAGAGUCUAUAAAAGCCUACGACUGGCACAUUGAUACCAAGUACUACACUGCUGAUGUGAGCCUGUGUACAUCACUGAAGAGAACCAUAGGCAACCAGCAGUUUGCUACAGCAGUGCAGGCCUUCAUUGUCUACUUUGACCCAAAACAGGAGUCAACAUUUGAGCUGAUGAAAGCCUGGAUGCCGUAUCUAGAACAGAUUGAGCCAGAGAUUCUUAUCCUUGUGUGUAACAACAGUUCUCACACUGAUGCGGUCGGUAGAGUAGCUGCACAACAGUGGUGUAUAGACAACUGCUUUGAGCUGGUGGAGCUGAACCCAGUCCAGGAUAAGGAGGAGGAAGAUCUGGAAGAUGACUUUGUGGAGACAACUGGAAUUAGGCGGAUUAUUCAGGCUCUUCAUGCCCACACAUGGCCGAAUCUGGAAUUGAAACAAAACCCUGUUAUUGGUAGUCCUUACUAUCGUCAGCUUUUGAAAGAAGAGUCGGAACUUAAAGCUAAUGAAGUCAAAUCUAAUUCCAAGGAGUCCUGUGAUAAUGAAACCGUGUCAAAUGAUGACAGUGAGAAGUCCAAGUCAGGGUCCAAGUCAGAGGGAGACUCAGGGCACUCUGCCCUAGAGGAGCCUGUAAGGGGUGGGGAACCCGCUGUGGGCGGGGCACCUGUAGGGGAUGGGGUGCCUGGAGGGGGUGAGGAAUCUGUGGGCAGUGGAACAGACGAGGCAUCUGCACUCACAGCUGAAGGGGGAAAGGCGACAAAAAAGGAGAAGCCUUGUAAGGAUGAAAUAAUAGACAACCUUCUUCCUGAGGAUGACUUAGCUUUGUUGGCCUCCCUGGGGAAUGAGGACGCAGGGGAGGAGUCAUUUGAGGAAAUGUUCGAAAAGCUCAGAGUAAUGAAAGAGAAAGCUGAAGGUAUGCCUUUGGAUCAGAGAAAAGCAUAUGCUGAAAAGAUUGCAGUGUCAUUUUGGAAAGCUAUCGGUGGCGACGAUGAUGAAAUCAAGGGAUUGGAUGAUCUGGAGGACGAACUAAUGCCAUCUUGAAAGGAGCAUUAUGGGAUGUGGAAGCUGGUCUUCUGCGAAUAUUCCACCCAUGUAACCAUGGAAACCUUGGAAUGGCAUCAGAUGACUCUCAGUGUUGUGCUUAUUGUGACAAAGCCAGAUGUAAUGCUGUUCAUUGCAGAAGUGUUUCCUCAGAAAGACAACUAAAUAAAGCUUGUCUCCUUGGACAUGUGAUUGCUGUUAGCAAUAAAACUUCAAAUACUGUAAAUGUCAUUUCAUACUCGAGUGUACUCAGUUUAACAAUAAUACAGAUUCAUGAGAGAAACGCUGUAAUAAUUUCCUAUGAUGAACUGCAAACCAGUUGCCAUGGUUACAGGAAUGCGAUGAUGCAGUCAACUCAUUGAUACUGUGUGCAGCAGAUGCUUUGAUAAAUCGAAAACUGCUAAAUUAGCAGUUGGCUUAUCUCGAAAAUAUACACUUGAUUUUUAUCUUCUGAGAGACUGUGCCUGCCAAAAUGCUUGACAUGUUGCUGAAAGAGGUCCAUGGGCUUGAACUUUGUGGCAUUAUGUUUACAAUUACCUGAGAAUACAUGUAUUAUACUUUCAAAAUAUGUGAUAUUUUGAGUCUUUACAGUUGGAAUGGGUUACUCUAUUCCCCUGUGUUGUGAGCUACUCACCAAGAUGUAAAUGUUGUUUAUCAUAUAAUGAAAUAAAGAUGUACGAAUAUGCA